AUGGUCCAAACGCUUAAAUUACUCUGCAGUUACAACCAGCAACAAGUGAACGUGAUUCGAGGUGGCUCGGGUGGGCAAGGUGUCUCAGUUUCGACUCAAGCAGACAUAGCACAAUCAGCGAAAGGAUACGAAUCAGAGGAUGAAAACGCGGGCAGAAAGAGACCUAGGGUCAGCGACGACCGCCCCACCAGCCGGACGACAAUGUACUCCAAACAGGAGUUCCGGGAGCAGUACUGUAUCAACAACAAACAACUGGAUCUGCUGGAAUUGGAAAAGUCCAAGAAGGACAGAUUCCUCGGGUGCUUAUCCCAGUACCACAUCGAAAGCCCGUGUUCUCGAACCAACCGAGCGUCAUUUCUAUCCGUUUGUGUCCGGCGGCGAGUGCCUUCCGAUGAGAAUCUCAACACCGAUUAUGCGCCCAUACAGCGGUAUCCCAGGUUCGGCCAACCUGCACCUCCACCGGCCGAGGUGUGUGCACAUGAUGCCGACUUGGAAUGCUCAUACUUCCGUCGCCGGCCACGCUCCGUAUGCGCACAACCUGACCCCAAACGCUACACCUGGAUGCCAGAGGAUGAAGACUUCACCCGGAUGGAGUGGCCACAAUCGGUAAUAGAAGAUAACGCGGGUUGGCCGCAAAAUUACAGUGUCGAUCAAAUCGCUUCUGUAAGUCGGGGCGGCUCGCUUCCCCGGCCACCUUCUAUUAUACCCUGCCCCGCCCACACACCAAUACCACCGCCUCCCCCGCCACCACCACUCACCAUACCACCGCACAGGACAAAACAUGUAUCCUUCGCUCGCUCGCACACCCUGACUACCUUCGACGACUCAGUGAUGCCCGCAGCCGUUGGCGGAAACCGCUACCGGAACUGUGAGAGGCUGAUCGAUGGACGUGUUGUUAGGCCUGAUAACAAAGCAUACGCGACGCUGCCAGUAAUGUUCCAGCCAUUCGCUCCCUACCCGCAAUUUGUUGCGCCUGCUCCGGUACAUUACCCUCCGAUUGCACCAAUGUCUGCCCCCAUUCCUGCCACUUCACUGCCGAGACCGACACAGACUGAACCCGCCAAAGUACUAGUCUUAGACACAUUAAAGAAAGGCGUUAUGAGAACACAAGCAACACAAACUGAAGCAAGUUUGGGAAAGAAAACAACAAAUUAUUUGUCUCUUAGUCCAAGAACAAUUAAGAGGGUAAAAAUGGUAGCCGCUGGCGUACAAACAAAUGGUAUCACAGUAGGUACUCGAAGAUUGACAAAAUCAUUUUCUGAGGUUGGAGGUGAUCGACUGACUGGCGCUCACGAUGAAGUUGCUGCUGCUAUUGAAAGUAUUAUCGCGGGUGAGCAUGAAAAACUACACAGAACACAAUCAGAAGAACCACCUCGUUCCCCUCAUUCACCCACACCCAUUUCACCAUUACAAAGAGGCGACUCGGAUGACGUCACAUCAUGCUCCAUCAAAUCGGUAGCUUCAUCUCAAAUAGACAAAUCCUCAGAACUUAGUUCACUCCAAAAACAAGCCCAAGAAUAUUUCCAACAGAACUUCCAAUUUAUUCACGAAAGCGAUAGAGAUGACACUAUUGAUGAUGACAUUGAAAACAUAGAAAAAAGUAUGGCGUUAAAUAGACGUAAUUUAGAAUAUUUACAGCAAGAGAUCGCUAAACAGGCGAAAAUCGAUAAAUCACUGAGAUCGAUAUUAUCGAAGAGCACAAGUGACGCUUCGCAAAAGACUACAAAUUCUCAUCCAUUAUCUAAGACAUCGACAUUUCAAUCAGAACCAUCCACUGAGACAUCGGCAACGACUACUGACGAUAGUGAGAAAAAUGAAAAGGAAAUUAUAAUUGACUUUGAGCCAAGGCCAGAUGAUGAAGCUAUUCCUUUCACAACACUUCGAAGGAAAAACAAGAGAAUUCUCCAAAAAACUUUAUCAGAAGGCGAAAUUUUGCUAGAUGCGCGAAAAACUGAAAUUUCAUCUAGUGAUGGUGGAAAGAAUGCACCAAUAAUUAUGUCCACAAGUCAAGAAAAUAUGACUAGAGAAGAUCGAGAAAGAGAAGCUACAUAUAAACAGUACAUUGCUCAAAAUUAUGACGAAACACCUAUUAAAGAUGAAGGCAUCUAUCCAUUUGAACCAGAUGGAUCCUUUAGUUCUUCAGAAGGCAAUGCUCCAUAUGAAGACUUUCAUGAAAAAUAUAUUAGUUACAAGCAUGAUUCAUUUAGAAUUCGGAGCGUUAGCUUUGAAGAUAAAACAGAAAGUAUUGACAGAGAGGAUAAUCUCCAAGUCAGUACAGCAAAAUCGAGUCCUACUUCACCGGAAGUAGAAAAACAAGAGAUAGAUGAAGAAGAAAAAGAGAAAAAGAUCCCGUCAGCGAAUAGUUUAACUAAAAUUCUCGCACCGUUAGAAAAAAAAUCACCUUCAGCAUCCAAUGAGUCGUUGACAGUCGAUCAUAGCAGAGACCACUCUGACGGGUUAUGGAAUGAAUCUCAAACGACUGUAUUACAAAUAGACUCUGGGACAGAUAACGGAACAGUCAUCAGUUCGUCCGACCUUAGCUCAUUGGCAGCUUCUCCUGGAGCAUUGGCAUUAUUAACACCAACAUCACGAAGAAAGCAAUUGCUUUUACUGCAGCAUCAACAAAGAUCCUCGUUAGAUACUGAUGCCUUGGAUGAAGAAUUUGAUGCUUCCCAAAGUCAAUCACCAACCUCUCCAAGAAAUAAAUUGGAUACAUCAGGUUCAAGCUCCAUUCAACACAGACCAUCUUUAUCGCCUCCGGCCGUAGUGCCAAACAUUCCAUUGCCCAUGUUGCCUAUUACAAAACAACCGAUAUCAAAAACAUCUCCAGUACAACACUCAAAAGCAAAUCAUACUCCUGCCAUUGCAAUCACUCAUCCAAGCUUAGACCUCAGCGAUGUCCCCUUUAAGCGUACUCCAAGUUUCAUUAAUAAGAAGCGAGAGAGGGCACUCAGUCCUUCUAGAAGACAGGAAUUACAAAGAAAAGCCCAGCAGAAGGAACCAAACGGUACAAUACCUAACUAUACCGUACAGUCACCACCAGAACCCGUUUUAGCAAAAACUGGGAGUAGUGAGACUAGUCUCGCCAGAACUGACUCGGGAAAGGUUAAUACAGAUGUAUCAGAAAGUACAACUACAGAAGACUAUGUAACAGCUAACUCCGAUAGCUCUAAGAGAAGCAAUAGUAAAAACCAAAAUAACAGUUCAGAAAACAACAAUAAGGCCCAAGAGGGGUCAUCAUUUGAGAGCGCAUCUAGUUUGUAUUCGUCUACUAAAACUGAUAAUAUAACAGAAGAUUUAAUUCUGCCAAGUUUUUCACCGCCCUUAGAGAUAAGCGACGAUUUUAUAGUACCUAAUUUAACUUCACCACCUUCACAAUUACCAGAUAGGAAAUCUAAGCCUUCAGUAGAAAGAAUUGAAGUCAAGGCUGAAAUCAAUCAAUGUGUAGACUAUAUAAGGAAAAAUAAGACUGAACUUAUUAAAAUUAAAGAAGAACUUUCAGCGAAGACGGUUUCUUUAAAACGAGACACAGGAAGUCUGAAAAGUAGUUCAAGUGGCAGUUAUAGCAUAGGUGGAUCAAGUUCAAACUUAUUAGAAAGUGUAAUUGAUAAAACAAUCUGUGAAAAAAUGAAAGAUUUACCUGAAAAACCUGAACCUGAAGUCGUUAAAAUAAAAAAGGAAAAAAACAAAGGAAAAGAACAGUUUAUUCCCAAAAAUAUGGGAUCUUUGUCAGACGAUGAACGAAGUGUUCAUUAUUCAUCGUCUGGAUAUUAUGAAAGUCCCAUAGAGGAUGACGAUGACGGUGGAUUAACUUAUAAACACUCACAGAAAUACAGAUCAACAAGUCGUCCAAGGCUUUGGCUAUCAGAGGAAAAGCGAAGAAAAAAGAAAGCUUUCACUUUAGAAUUUUCAAAGUCGUACGAUGAUUCAAUUUCUACAACUCGAGAUGACUGGGGCAAGAAAGAUAAAGAGACCCCCUCAAUCCGGUACGAACGAAGCGCGUUAAAGUCAGCAAUGUCAAAAUCACCUUUAGAAGAAAAGCAAGAAACUCGCAAAAAGAAAACACAUUUCGUGGAAAAGACAAAGAGUUUGCAAUCAUCGCCCAGGGAAACAAUAGACGUCGAAAAAUCUUUAAAAGAAAGAAUCCAAAAAGAAAAAGAUACAGAUAGAAGGCCCGUUGAAAGAGAAAGAUACGUUAAAAGGACAAAGUUAAAAGCAAAGAGUCCUACACAAAGUAGAACUGUUGACAUCAGUUAUAGAGGAACGCAAUAUGAAAGAAGAGAAACAAUUGGGUCUAAUAUGAAACUGCAUUUAAAUAUUCCUACUUCUGAUGAUUCCAGUGAGCAGUACAAGAAAAAUGGCGCAAGUAAUGGAAAUGUAUCUCCUAGAAAACACAGACGCUUACGAGAUAGUCCGAGAAGGAAGACCGGAUCCAAUUCAACCACAAAAUCACCCACUUCGAAUAACAACCACUGCGGAUAUUCUUCAAGACCUAGAAGAAAAAGCGGAUCGAACGAAAGCAUAUCACUUCCCGGAAGUUUGCCUAGAAGGAAACAGUCCAUACCAACAUUGCCUUGUAUGAGUUCUUUGGAAGCGGAAGAUAUUGAAACUGUCCGUGCUCUUAAUGAUGGUUCAAGAUUGACGCCGUUAAGAUACGCCAAAACCCCAACAUCGCCAAGACAUCGUAAGCAGGAGAAUGACGGAAAGUUUGCAAAGGCGGCCUCAGCAGAAUCCCUCCGUUCCGUUUCACCAGGCUCGGAUUCCGUCUUCUAUUCGGAGCAAACUGAGCACAGCCUUGGGGCGGAAGACGAGGCGAGAGCCCACUGCCUACACUGCGGCAAAGAGGUCCACAUCGUCACAGCCUCGCAUGACGACAGUAGGACCUCUAAGACUUCGCAUACUGAUGAAUCAUAUGCGGACGCGACACCAGACAUAGUUCCUGCCCCAGCUGGCUUCGCUGACUCUCCGUCUUGUAUGUCCACGAAGAAACACGCCAGUGGAGUCCGACUCUACAAAAAGUUAGACAAAAGAUACAGAUCUGAGGAUAAAUCCAGGAAUUAUCGGUAUAGGCAGGAUGUUCGAGCAAAGUCGGAAGAACGAGGCAAAGAAGAGUAUGCGACUAGUGAAAAACCUCAGGACACCCGUAUAGCUCGUUCCGCAGGCAACAGUUUAGACAAGCUCGCGGCUAAUGCCAGUGUGGAUCCUGAUGAGCAAGAAGACUAUUCUGGAAGUUCCGAGGGCGCUGAAGGUCGGACCGAGCGCGGAGUAUACGCAACUCCCUGGUGGUGUGGUAACUGGAUACUACUCUCUGAAACUGAUGACCAUUGGACUAGGAUUCCACCAGAUGUUACGGUAGCAUCAGAAGGCCAAGAAGAUCCAACGGAUUCUGAGAGCGAGUUCAACAAACGCUUCGUUGCGCUUACGCAUCGCCUUGUGCAUCGACGUGCCUGCAUCGAACUGAAUAGACGACAAUCGAACAAUACGUUUGAAAGCGAUAAAACAGUGGUGGUGCGCCGUGGUAAUGAAGAAUUUGGGUUUAGAAUCCAUGGAAGCAAACCAGUGGUCGUGUCAGCCAUCGAACCUGACACUCCAGCUGAAUCUUCUGGACUUGAAGUGGGAGAUAUCAUUAUCUCUGUCAACGGGAUCAAUGUAUUAGACAAGACGCAUUCAGAAGUGGUGAAGAUUGCUCAUUCAGGUUCCGAAAUACUUGAAUUAGAUGUUGCCAGGACCUGCGAGGUAGUAGCGACAUUAGCCCAUGAAGGAGGUCCGGCCGCCCUGUAUUCAGGCUAUCUCUGGCGGGCGGCGCCCUUACGGCCCCAUCACCCACCACGAUGGACCCGGCGGUGGUUUGUUCUUAAACGAGACAACUGCUUGUACUAUUACAAAACGGAUUCGAGCAUCCAUCCCGUGGGAGCACUCAUGCUGGUUAACUAUCAGCUGAGCGAGGAAGAUUCGGGAAAGCCUCACGGGUUCAGAUUACAACGUGGCGGUGGUACGAGGCUGCAACUCGCUGCUGAUACUGCAGAAGCCUCCGCUAGAUGGCGCGCUGUUCUAGACCACGCUAUUGACGCCAGUAAUCAGAGAGAUGGCUGGCUCGAAGUAACGAUACGGAAUAUGAAGCUGCCACCGUCAUCCAUACCUCGUCCGGACUGCUUCGGAUAUCUGCUGAAACUCGGCUCCAAGUGGAAGUCGUGGGCAAAGAGAUACUGCGUGCUCAAGGACGCGUGCCUUUACUUCUACAACGACGGCAACAGCAAGAGUGCUUUUGGUAUGGCCUGUCUCCAUGGAUACCGUGUCCAGACAUGUACUGCGGGAGGCAAGAAAUAUGCCUUCGAGGUGAUGCCAACGGAACCUAAACAACGACACUUCUACUUCCACACUGAGUCAGAGAUGGAUAGAAAAAGAUGGAUGGCAGCCUUAGAAUACUCCAUAGACAGGUGGAUGAAGGCUGGUUGACGAAAAUAUUUUAUUUCGGACUCAUUCGAAUUUAUAUAAACCAUAAAAAUAUGUUUGUUUUUUUUAUUCCAAGGUUAAAGUCGUAUCUGUUUGUCAUAACUUGCUUGCUUUUUUAAAUAAAGAUACAUUAUUGUAAAAUGAUUACAGUUGGCAAAAGAACACAUUCAAUGGAACUUUUGUAAAAUGUUAUUAUGCAAUGUUAACAAUUUUGAACAUCAUAAAACAUACUACCCGUCCUGAAAAGGCUUAUUUAGAACAAAUAUAUAAUAUAUAUAUAAACAUAUAAUUAAAUCAAAGUAUUCUAUUUAAUUCAAUAUCUUUCAUUUACAGUUACACAUAAAACAUAUAUCAUAUCCAAUAUAGUAAAA